AUGGCCUGCUCUCCUCCUGACCCCCGAGUUAAGAACCCAUGGUCUGAAGCUCUCUUUAACUAUCUUAGACUCUUCUGUCUACCAAAAUCUUUUCUGUCUGUUCUCAGUUUGAUUGUGAGUGAUCCUUUACUACAGCGCGGGAAUAAAAGAGGUCAAGUUUACAGCUGCAUGAUGAACUCAAACUGCUCACCAUUACGGAUUAAUGAGCCUCCUUAGGCUGUUAAUAUGUCCCUUGGUCUUUCAAUGACUAAAGAUCCACGGUCUUCAAAGAUAAUGGUCUGUGGUCCAACCAUCCCCAAAGACUGCAAAUCAACCACCACCUACAACGGCAUGUGUUUUACGAUAGAAGGUAGAAAUGUUGAUGCUGUUCCGAGGGAAUUGAGAGAUUGCCCACCUCCCGCACAAACAGAUAUUGCUUUUCUGUUGGACGGCUCUGGGAGUGUAAAUCGCUAUGACUUUAACAAAAUGAAGGAAUUUGUUAUAAAACUGAUCCAAGGGUUAAUAAGCUGGGAUAUUCGGUUUGCUGUUGCACAGUAUUCUGAUUACUGUACAAUCCAUGUAGACUUCACUUCCCGUUUAAACACCUAUGAAAUAAGGAAUAUUCAACAGAUGGGUAGUAUUACCAACACUGGACAAGCGAUCAACAAGCUUGUGAAUGAACUGUUUGCCAAUAAAGCCAGACCAAACACUAACCGAGUUUUGAUUGUUAUCACUGAUGGUCAGUCAAGUCCUGAUGAUGAUGAUCUGUGGGCUGCUGCUGAAAAUGCGAGGCGGAAUAAGAUUAUUCGCUAUGCUAUAGGGGUUGGUGGGGCCUUUAACAGCCCAAAUGCAGAGAAUGAGCUGAACAUCAUUGCGUCUGAUCCAGACAAAGACUAUAAAUUUAAAGUGGAUAACUUUGAUGUGCUGAACAAAAUCCUUAAAACUCUGGAGACGAAUAUAAUUAGAAUUGAAGGUACCCAGACUUCAGGAGAUUCCACCAAAAUGGAGUUUGCGCAGGAUGGGUUCAGUGCAGCGUUUGUUCCAAAUGGAAAUGUAGUAUUAAGUGCAGCUGGGGCUUUCCAGUGGAAAGGAGGAUUCCAGGAGUAUUCAGCUGGGCGGCCUUACGAAUUUCAGCAGGGCAGUGAACACGACAGUUAUCUAGGUUAUUCCAUGACAGUAGCAACAACAUGGAGCCGCACAUAUGUUGUUCUGGGAGCUCCGAGGCAUGAGCAUAAGGGAGCAGUGUUCAUUUCAUCAGUGCAGACAAAGAGAUUAAAUCAGCUGAAUCAUCCAGAGCCUCAGAUUGGAGCCUAUUUCGGAGCUGAAGUGUGUGCGGUGGACCUGAACUCUGACUCCUACACUGACCUUCUGCUGGUUUCUGCUCCACACCACACACAGGACGGUCAGGAAGGAAAAGUCUUUGUAUUCUCCAUGUCAGACAGGCCAGAAUUUAAAAAAAUGACCCUGAAUGGAAUGGCGGGACAGAAGGGCAGGUUUGGCUCCUCACUGGCCAGUCCAGCAGAUCUAAAUGGAGAUAAGAUUCGAGAUGUAGUUGUAGGAGCCCCAUUGGAGGAUAAUGGACAGGGCAGCAUCUACAUCUUUAAUGGAAGAACAGAGGACAUCACCCCUACCUACUCACAGAGAAUCAGUGGUUCCUCAGUACAGGCGGGUCUGCGGUUCUUCGGCCUGUCUCUGAGCGAGUCUGCUUUGGACCACAGUAGAGACGGUCUGACGGACAUCGCUGUUGGAUCCAAAGGAAGAGUCAUUCUCCUCAGGUCCAGACCCAUUGUGUCCUUGGUGACCAAAGUAACCUAUAGCCCAUCAAAAAUCCCCACCAAAUCCACUGACUGCGCAAAUCCUCUGGAAAACACUCUACGCUUGUGCUUCACUAUGAGCGGACUCGACACUCAGAUAAGAGGUUUGGCUGCAAAUAUUAACUACACUUUAAAACUUGAUGCGAAGCGACAGAACUCUCGGGCGUACUUUUCACCUAAAAACCGCCUUCUGACUGAUAAGAUGACUGUUCAGCUACAGGAGGUGUGCAGAGAGCACAAGUUCUAUAUAGAGACCUGCACAGAGGACGCUCUAAACCCGCUGUCCAAUGAGUUAACAUUUGCUUUUGAGGGCCUCCCUCUUAGCAGACUGGAUAACUUAAAGCCUGUACUUCACCCCGACAUAAGAAAUACUUCAAAUCACAAU